CGAAGGCGGAGGCAUGGCCCGGCAGCCUUGUCGUCUCCCCCAGAACAGCAAGCCAGAGAGAGGAUCAGGGGUUUUCAGGUUAACGGUCAGGAAUACAAUGGCUCAUCUUGAUUCUGAGGUGAAUGAAGAAUGUCUGAGGCAAGACCUGAAGUUUUACUUCAUGAGCCCUUGUGAAAAAUACCGAGCCAGACACCAGAUUCCGUGGAAACUGGGUUUGCAGAUUUUGAAGAUAGUCAUGGUCACCGCACAGCUUGUUCGUUUUGGUUUAAGUAACCAGUUGGUGGUUGCUUUCAAAGAAGAAAACACUGUUGCUUUUAAGCACUUGUUUUUGAAAGGAUAUUCUGGCAUAGAUGAAGAUGACUACAGUUACAGUAUAUACACUCAAGAGGACGCCUAUGAGAGCAUCUUUUUUGCUAUUAAUCAGUAUCAUCAUCUAAAGAAUAUAUCCCUGGGGACCCUUGGUUAUGGAGAAAAUGAAGACAAUAGGAUUGGCUUAAAAGUCUGUAAGCGGCAUUACAAGAAAGGGACCAUGUUUCCUUCCAAUGAGACACUGAAUAUUGACAGCGACAUUGAAACAGAUUGCCUUCACAUAGAUCUCCAGGCCCUCUCCAAGAACCCUCAGGACUGGAAGAACUCAUCAUUCUUCAGACUGGAAUUUUAUCGGCUGUUACAAGUUGAAAUCUCCUUUCACCUCAAAGGCAUUGACCUACAGACGAUUCAUUUCCGAGAGUUACCAGACUGUUACGUCUUUCAGAAUACGAUUACCUUUGACAAUAAAGCUCACAGUGGCAAAAUCAAAAUCUAUUUUGACAGUGACGCUCACAUCGAAGAAUGUAAAGACUUGAACAUAUCUGGAUCUAUUCAGAAAAAUACUCAGUAUAUCCUGGUGUUUGAUGCAUUUGUCAUUGUGAUUUGCUUGGCAUCUCUUAUUCUGUGCACAAGAUCCAUUGUUCUAGCCCUAAAGUUACGAAAGAGAUUUCUAAAUUUCUUCCUGGAGAAGUACAAGCGACACGUGUGUAACGCUGACCGUUGGGAGUUCAUCAACGGGUGGUAUAUCCUGGUGAUUAUCAGCGACCUGAUGACAAUAAUUGGAUCCAUAUUAAAAAUGGAAAUUAAAGCAAAGAAUCUCACAAAUUAUGAUCUGUGCAGCAUUUUGCUUGGAACAUCUACACUGUUGGUCUGGGUUGGAGUCAUCAGAUACCUGGGUUACUUUCAAACAUAUAAUGUGCUCAUUUUAACAAUGCAAGCCUCAUUGCCGAAAGUUCUUCGCUUCUGCGCUUGUGCUGGCAUGAUCUAUCUGGGUUACACGUUCUGCGGCUGGAUUGUCUUAGGACCAUAUCAUGACAAGUUUGAAGAUCUGGACACAGUUGCUGAGUGUCUGUUUUCUCUGGUCAACGGUGAUGACAUGUUUGCAACCUUUGCUCAAAUCCAGAAGAAGAGCAUCUUGGUGUGGCUCUUCAGUCGCCUGUAUUUAUAUUCCUUCAUCAGUCUUUUUAUAUAUAUGAUUCUCAGCCUCUUCAUUGCACUUAUUACAGAUUCUUAUGACACCAUUAAGAAGUACCAACAGAAUGGGUUUCCUGACACGGAUCUUCAGGAAUUCCUGAAGGAAUGUAGUAGCAAAGAGAAGUAUCAGAAAGAGUCCUCGGCCUUCCUGUCCCGCGUCUGCUGUCUGAGGAGGAAAGGAAGUGAUGACCACUUGAUACUUAUUAACUAAAAUCCUUCUGCUAAAGAUAAUCAAGUUCCAAGCCUCCUUAUCCAGUGACAAUGCAGAGGGACCCCAGACAGCUUGGACCAGCACUUCCAAAAAUACUGACUUAUUUCAUUGUGGAGGGGGAGAGAGGACUGACUGUCAGCUGGCUACCACAACUAAGUUCUACAGUUCCUUUUUAUAAACUUGGGUGAUGAAGAAUAGACUACAGUUAACUACUGGGCAUUAGUGCAAUAGAGCAAUGAUAAAGAAAUUCUGUAUUAGUCUUUUAAUUUAUGACAUCAUAAUGUUGGGAUGGAAAUAAUCAUAUUUCAGAGUGUGCAAAAACAGUGGCGUUUAAAGCCAUGCAUUUAGAGAUGUGUGUUUGUCAUCACAUAAGGGUUCGUUUUAAAAGGGAGUCUUGGGUUAGAAGACACUUGUUAGUUGAUGGUCUGCACAGAAAUGAAGUUGGUUGCAAUACCUAAUUAGAGACUCCAAGCUGGAGAACUGGUAAGCCAUGUAAAGAUCACACUUAAAACAACAAAAAGACCUCUUGCAGUGGACAUUCCUGGGCCUAUUUUCCUGUGGUUUUCUUCUUCAGUGUGAUAUGAAGCAACUGUUGGCAUCAUCAGUGGGAUGAACAGAAAACAGAGUCAUUUGGAUACCUUGUCAUUGUGCUAAUAGAUUGUACACACAUGACGUGGAAGGAAACUUAGCAGUGGUCACUCAUUUUAACAAUUGAACUCCACUAUGGUGGGGACUUACCCUUGUCAAGCAAGGAAAGAUGGUAUUUUUAUCCCAAAUAAAUUUAUUUUUA